AUGGAGUCGAAAUCGAAUUCUCGAUCGCAUCCCCCACAGUUUUCCGCCAUUAUAGCUGGAAAUAUUGAUGAACGCACGGAUAAUAUUAGAUACCGCCAGAGACAAUUCCACCGCCUUCAAUCGAACAUUCUCCAGCACCUGACCGAACUGAAAGAGGCCAUCUCCCAGGACUCGGGUCAUAGCGUAGAAGAAGUGCAAACGGAGGUCUGUCUGGCGUUGAAGGAAAUUCGCUCCCACUACUCUUCCUUGAGCCUCGAACAGAGUGUUCAGGUAGAAUAUCGCGUGGCACGCGGAGAAGAUAAUCUGGACAGGAAGAAAGGUACCGGUAUUGUCUAUAUCAUACCUACCACCCACACGAUCUUUUAUUCGGUCAUCGCUGCGCUGAGUGCUGCCCUCGCAGCGGGAAACUGUAUCAUUUUGGAGCUUCCCAAAACGACCUCAAGAGUCACUGCGCUACUCCGCCGAAUCCUCACCAAAGCGCUAGAUAGUGAUACAUUCACUAUUAGCGAGAGCCGUCCUGACGCUGAUUUUCUCAGUACUACCCUUGUUUUGAACCAGCAGUGUCCUAAAUGCGUUACACCUUCACCAAAUCUGGAGUCGCCGAACACUUUGCGGACGGUGGCCGUAGUAGACCGAACGGCCAAUCUUCAGGAAGCAGCAGUUGAUCUUGUCCGAGCGCGGUUUGCAUUUAAUGGCUGCUCUCCGCACGCUCCGGAUGUAGUGUUAGUCAACCAGUUCUGCAUGCAACCUUUCGUGGAAUUGGUGAUCAAACACGCCGCCAAACACCUUGGAAGCGACAAUCGUGGCGCCAACUCGCUUCCUAAACGCCCCAAACAGUUAUCGGUGCUUGACCAGAUAAGCUCCGAGGAAGGAGUUAAGGUGAUCGUGUCUGGAACUGGCUGGGGUAUUGCACUGGUACAGAAUCGGUAA